AUGGCGGUCGCGUCGAAAUUCGCGCUCCUGACGUCAUCUCUGACCGUCAAGAACUGGUCGCCGGCGGCGAUUGGAGUUCUUGGAUGUGCCCUCAUUGCCAAGCUGUACUCGGCUGGGUUCCGGUUGGUUUUUGUUCUCAUUGGAGCAUUUUUUCCUAGUUAAAUGAUUUUUUUCAACUUGGCGGAUUUCUAGAUAGUUCAAGCAUCAGUUUUUCAUAGGGAAAGUUUAAAAAAGGUCAAAUUAAGUCUGAAAAUUUUAUUCGAAACUUCAAACAAAGAGAUUUUGACGGAAAGAAAGCCAAAAUAGAGUUUACCAGGAAAAAAAGUUUUUUGAAUUUUCAAGCAGGUUCACAUAUUUUCUUUAUUCGUUUUUCGAUUUUCACAAACUUCAUUCUCAUACAAACUUUUUUUUUUCAAGAUAGCUCAUUUGAAAAGAAAAACAGUGUUGAUAAAUAUUAUAAUUGAUCGCUUCUAACAAUAAAAUAAGAAGUCGAAGACUGGCCGGACCUCCAAACGGAUCCGCCAUUAAAGUCACCACUACUUUUCUUAUCACUAAACUAUCUCCGUCUAGUAAUUUUUUAUCAGUGGUAAUAAAUAAGCAUGCUAUGUACUCAUAUGGUAGUAAUAUCGACUUCAAAAUGAAGAAUAAAAAAUUGAAAGAGAGGAAGUAAUGAUAACCUGUUGAAAAGUGACCGAAAAUGGUUGUUUUUUCUUACUUUCUUUUCUAAAUAACGCUCUGUGCUCUUCACUUUUCACUAAACCUUCUUUGUCCAGUAUUUUUUGGUCAGUGGUUAUAAAAAAACUGUUCAGAACAUCCUCGAAAUCCCCCAAGACGGCUCUGCUUCCGUCGGACCCCGCCGCAAAGAAGAGAAAGAAGAAGCAGGCAGCAGCCGUAAAUGCGACUUUUUUCCGGAACCUGCGCCGAAUUUUCAAAAUCAUCAUGCCGGGCGUCUUCUCCGGCGAGUUUUUCUACAUGUUGCUGAUCGCCGCCUCGCUGUUGAGCCGAACUGCAGCGGACGUCUACAUGAUCACCAAUGCGACGAGCAUUGAAGCGUUGGUUUUGAUUUUUGGUUUAUUUGAGUCGGAUUUUUGAAUUCAGGUUGAAAAACUGGUCUAGGAAGUGUAGAGUGGUAAUUUAAGGGGGGUUCAAAGUUUUUUUAAAAUAGUGAGAAAAAUCACGAUUGAAAAAUUGGGUUAAGAGAUAGAGGCAAAAGUGUAGUAAGCAGAUAUUUAAAAAAAAUAGUUAGUUCUCGGCUAUUUUUUUAAAAUCUGACCUGUCUGCGCCAUCUUUUCUCUAAUCGGCGAGGAAUAGUAUAGAAAAAUAGCGCGUGAACACCAGAGAGUGUCAGAGAAAGAGAGCAAGGGUUUAUUUACGGAGACUGAAAAAAGGUCUAGCUCAAAAGCGUAGUAAAAUUGGACACGUAAGUAGAAGGUCCUGAGAUUUCUUUAAAGUACGAGCAUUCUUGAAAAAAAAACCAUAUAUUAAUAAUGAAGUAAGUUACUGAAAAAUCGAGUAUCUUAUACACACUACUUACCACAAUUUAAAAUUCUCUUAUCUGUCUGCGCUCUCUUCUCUCUCAUCCAUGAUGGAUAAGAGGUCGCAGACACGUCAGAAUGUUUUUAACUGAGGAGAAUGAACUAUUAGGAUGCUUUUAAAGUGCGGAUAUUCUUGAAGGAAUACCAAAAUUAAUAAUGAACAGAGUAACGAAAAAAUCGAGUAUCUCAAUUACUUCCUUCGCAAAUGUUUUGAAAAGUCUGAACUGUCUGCGCUCUCUUUUCUCUAACCGGUGUGUUGAAAGAGACGCAGACACAUCAAGUUGUUUUAAACUAUGGUGAAUGGAGUAUUUAGAUGCUUUUAAAGUGCGGAUAUUCUUGAAAAAAACCAAAAAAUAAUAAUUAACAGAGUAACUGAAAAAUCUAGUUUCUCAAAUACUUCCUUCGUGAGUAUUUUAAAAAAUCUAACCUGCCUGCGCUCUCUUCUCUCUCAUCGAUGUUUGGAUAAGAAGGCGCAGACACGUCAGACUGUUUUCAACUGAGGAGAAUGAACUGUUAGGAUGCUUGUAAAGUGCGGAUACUUUAAAUAAUCCUGUUUUACUCCAGAUCAAUGGUCGAGAGAAACCCGGCCCUAUUCGCCAUUUCCACAGUCAAAUACGCCUUGAAUCUUCCUUUGAUUUCAUUAAUCAAUGCUCUUCUUAAGGUGAUAAAUCUCGAAAUUUAAGAAAAUAAAAAAAUUUAUUUAAGUUCGGUAUUUCUGAGCUGAAACUUCGGUUCCGCGAACGUCUGACUUCCCAUCUCUACAGCAAAUAUUUGACGUGAGGAUUUUUUUCAAAUUUCAUAUCUAAUUUGAAAUUUUAGAGGGUUUACCUUUUUAUAA